AUGUCGACGAAUCUAAAUGCCACAUUAAAUUUUGUUGAAAAAGACGUUGAUAAAGCUAUUGAAUCUGUACACGAAUAUUAUAGAAAUAUCGAUACAAACAUCGAUAAUAUCAUCGAACAAAUUCAAAGUAUGAUAUCGAAUUCUACCGAUGAUAAAUUAGUGAAAACAUCCGUUCAAAAUAUGAUAAAACCAUUAGCUAAACAAUACAGUGAUAAACAUAAAGAUUUACAUGGUUCAAUAUCGAAAAUUGGUAAAACAAUUGAUAAAUAUUUUCAAUCCGAUUUUGGUAAUGUUCCUAUCACAGAAUUGUUUGAUACAACGGAAAAAUUAAAAUUAAUUUAUAUGAUUAUAUGUGAAGAUCUCUAUCGACAAGGACGUAUGUCAAUAGCAGAGAAAUUAAUUGAAGAAACAAAAUUAGAUGAUAAUGAUUUAUAUAAUCUUGAAAAAAAUUUUCUAGAAGAAAUAAAUAUGAUUUUAGAAAAUUUACGUGAAAAAAAUGUUUUACCAGCUAUUGAUUGGUGUAUUCGUCAUCGGAAUGAGUUAAUUAAAAAUGAUAGUUUAUUGGAAUUUCAUUUACAUAAAAUGCGUUUCGUCCAAUUAUUACAAACGGGAAAUUUCGAAGAAGCAAAAGAUUAUUUUAUUCAUCUAAGGCAAUAUUCAACUCUCAAUGGACAAUUUGAACAAGAUGUAAAUUACUUAAUGGGAGCAUUUGUUUUUGCUCGACGAGAUUUAUCACAAUCACCCUAUAAAUAUCUUCUUGAACCUCAUCUUUGGUUACAAUUAUCAGAAUUAUUUAUGCAACAAGCAUUUCAACAACUUGGACUCGCUCAAGAUAGUCCACUUUAUGUCGUGAUGAAAAUUGGUUUUCAAUCUUUACCUGCUCUUAUGAGUAUUGUAAAUGCAAUGCAAAAUACACAAGUAUGCCAUAUUUUAUCGAAAGAUGAAUUACCUAUUGAAGUUGAUGUUGGUCAAGAACAUCGAUAUCAUAGUGUUUUUGCUUGUCCAAUUCUUCGACAACAAACAACCGAUCAAAAUCCUCCGAUGAAACUUGUUUGUGGACAUGUCAUAUCAAAAGAUGCACUUAAUAAAUUAUCCAUGCAAAAUAAACUAAAAUGUCCUUAUUGUCCAUUAGAACAAAGUCCAUCGGAUGCUCGACAAUUAUUUUUUUGA